CGGGCUAACUCGAGCGUCCAUGGCGUCCCGGAUCGCCGCUCCUACGGGACGCGCGAACCGCAAGGCGCAUGCCUCGGGCGGUUUAUUAUCUUCUUUCUGUUCAAGUGCCAUUUCGUUGCAUGCAGUGCAGUCUAUAAAACAGAAUGCGUUCCCCGCGGGUCUCGAGUUUCCUAUCACUUAUCGUCAUUCGUAGCGUAUAAACAUAACAGCACGCGGUCAUUAGCUCGAUUCAUAUUGUGUUUACGUAUCCGUUCUGACACAUGGGAGCGCGGCCGGAGCGCGGCUAAAAUCGCGUCUCAGCUUCAUCCAUCCACGGCGAUCGUAAAAGACGGGCCCGGAUAUCCGUUCGUGGCGUCCCCCAGGCGUCGUCUAGAAUAUCCGAUCUCGCCCCGAGACGAGUGAGCGCGCAAAAAUGUCAUCCAGCUACGCGGACGGGUUAUCGCCGUACGAAAACAAAGGAGUGUUGGGACUGGAGGAGAGAUACGAUAGCGUUGAGACUCUUCGGCUGAAAUGCGGCCUCCUGGCCGAUUGGAUACAGGGUGCCCGUCACGUCGUGGUCCACACAGGCGCCGGUAUCAGCACCGCCGCGGGUAUCCCCGAUUUUCGGGGUACAAAUGGUGUGUGGACUUUGGAACAAAAAGGCUUAAAACCUUCGAUGAACAUUUCCUUUGAUGAAGCAAUACCUACAAAGACACACAUGGCAUUGAAAAAAUUGAUAGAGGCCAAAAAAGUAAAAUUCAUCAUAAGUCAGAAUAUAGAUGGAUUACAUUUACGGUCGGGAAUACAGAGGCAAUAUCUAGCAGAACUGCAUGGAAAUAUGUUUACAGAACAAUGUGAUAAAUGUGGCAGGCAAUUUAUUCGUAAUUUUGCAACCAAAAGUGUGGGAAAAAAAUCUUUAGAUACUGUAUGCAGAUCAGAGCAGAUAGGCGGUCGUCCGUGUCGCGGCCGAAUGCACGAUACUAUUCUCGAUUGGGAGCAUAAUUUACCAGACAGCGAUUUGACAUUGUCUGAUUUACAUUCCAGUGUUGCUGAUCUAAGCAUAUGCUUGGGAACAACGUUACAAAUUAUUCCAAGUGGUAAUCUACCUUUGUACACGAAAAAAUACGGAGGUCGUCUUGUUAUAUGCAAUUUGCAACCAACAAAGCAUGAUAAGAAAGCUGACUUAAUUAUAAAUGGCAAUGUUGAUGAAAUUAUGAUCGCAGUCAUGAAGAAGUUGGGAUUGGAAAUUCCAGAACAUGAAAGCAGUAUGGAUCCAACACGAAAUUCUGAUACAACGGCUAAAGAAAUGGAUUGGACAAUUCCGACCAGUAGAAUAAAAGAAAUGAAUGUGCUGUACAAAAAGGUGUGCAAGCCAAUGCGAAGAAAACGGAAAACGUUUAUGUACGAGAGAGAAAGAACAGAUACGAUAAGAGAGACUAAAGCCAGAAAGCAAGCAUUUACAGUUAAGCAAGAAAUCAAAUCAGAAGAUAAAAUAACUACAUCAAAUGAAAUAUGUAAAACCGAAAAUGAUCACAUGGUUAAAAAUCCUGUUAAAAUAGAAGAGAACGUAGAAGAAACAUAUAGAUAUUCGAUGGAAGAUACAACAGAGCAUAACACUGAUCUGGAAAUAAACCAAACGGUGUAGCAAGUUUUAACAGAGCGAUAAUUUUCCAUUCUAAUGUUUCAAUUAUUCUCAGUGUACGCUACAGUUACUUAUGAGUGCAUAUCGAAUCAUUCAUUGUAUGUGAAAAAUAUCCAAAAGUGGAAUAGGUUUGCCAACAUUCAAUAGACAUUUGAAACAUAUUUGUUGCAUAUUUAAUGUUAAAUGUAAUAUACAUUUGAUAUAAUUUUCUCUUCUUUUCUUUUCUGUCUUUCUUUUUUCGAUCUCUUUAAAAAAUUUUGUUUGUAUAGACAUAUAUAUAAAACAGAUUUAUUUAGGACAAUAUUUAAAAUAAACUUAUAUCUAUUAUUUUUGUUGGUACUAUAUACUUAAAUGAUAAUAUUAGAACUUGUAUUCAGAAGCAAUAACAAAUAUUUAUGUCAAAGGUAAUAUUUUAAUUUUUGUACGAUUUUGGAAAUGCAUUCUGAUCAUAAAACAUUUAUUUAAUGUUAGAUAUGCAAUAAAAAUGUAAGUUUAUAAUUUUUGUUUACAGAGAACAUGUCAUUUAUGAUAAAUCGAAAAUAUUCCAAUAACUGUAUAUACUCUUAUUAGUAUCCGUAAAGAGUUGCGUUUGUGCUGCAUCUGCUUUUUACAACUCGCCUAUAUAUUGACGCAUAUGCAUUAGAUAUGUAUUACGGCGAGAGAUUCGACGUGAAUUAGUUAGAUCUCUCGACGAGCAACGUGUUCCAGAUUUCUCGUGCAUAAUAUGAUACUUUUUCCACUAUAGAUUACUAAUAAGAUAAUUGGAUAAAAGAGAUCUUCCUAUAACAUUUUGCUAGUAAGAACUUCCGUGAGCUUUUUUUUUUUUUAAUUGAGUAUAGUUAGAUUUGAAGUAGUUGCCGAACGUAAUAAUAAAAAUAUUUCAGAUAUAUAUGAGCUGUUUAGUAAAUAAAUAAUUUAUACUCAUUAGUCAUCAAAAAUAGUGUGUGUGUGUGUGUGUGUGUGUGUGUGUGUGUGCGUGUGUGUGCCUCAGCUACAUUUUUACAUUAUUUACUGAAAAACAAAAUAUAAUAUAAUUUUUUUAUUCCCUCAGAUUUUUUUUCAUCAAUUUCAAUAAUUUUCAGCGAUCACGAUAUAUAUAAAACAAUAUAUAUUUUCAUUAAAAUCAUUUUGAAUGUUUUACGUGGCUAAAAAAUUAUAAAUCCAUUAAAAUAAAAAUAAUCUUUUAAUAAAUUGUCAUCAUGCAUUGAGUCAUAAUGAAACUUCGUUUCUGCUGGCUAUUAUAUAUAUUUUUCUAAAGAUUGCUUGCAUGAAUACACACAGACAUAUUGUUCCAUGUUCCGUGUGCGUUUAAUUGUCCUUGAUAUUCAAAUUUGUUCGCCUUACAGAAAUUGACAGUAGACGAGAUCGAUUUAUGACUGCGCGUCAUAAUGUGUUAUAGCGCGCAUGUUUGUGUGAGUAAGGUAAAAAAUAUAGCACCAUAUUGCUGCAAGCUGAUGUUAGAUCAACUGGUAAAUUCAAAUGUUGAAUUUUUAACAGAGUGCGCCUUUUUCCAUAUAGUGUUGAAAGGAAUGUUGAAAGUAAAAGUUUUAACGAUAUCUCGCAAUUAGUACGCUAAACGAUUUUCGCGUGUAGAUGAUAUAAACUGCAACGUAUAUAGAAUGCAUUCCGUGAUAGAAUGCAACAUAGCGAAUCAUGUAAUAUUUAUAUUGUACAUAGUGAUGUUUGCUUCACUCUCAUCGUAAUACAUGACUUUAUUUAAAUAAUCAUUAUUACUCGCCAGAUAUAAUAUUCGAAAUAAAAAGUACAUCUAUGAAAAAG